AUGUGCAAUACAUGGGAAGAUGUGAUUUGGGUCUAUUUGAAUGCGCGUAUCGAAGCAUUAAUGGACAAGAACGAAUCAGUCAACCUUGUCUUGUCAGAAGAAAUAGUAAAUUCAGCAUUAUCUAAAGAUCAUAUUAUGGAAAGAGAUGAUCCAAGGGUGUUAUUUCAUCAUAUCCAAAUGUCUUUGCUGUCUAAAAAUCCACAAGAUAUAGUUAAAAAGAUCUACCAUGCUUAUCAUCACAAACAAAUCAAAUCUCACCACCCUUCCUUGUAUAUAAGUGAGAACUUGGAAAUACGCACACAAUUGUUACGGUUUAUUUCAACCUUUGUUUUAUAUGGACAUGAAUACCUUGGCUGGAAAGAAACUAUGUAUUCUGCUGCCUUUCUAUUAGAUUAUGCUAAAUUGAAUACCGAACCAACAACAUUAAGACCUGUUGUGAUUGCAACUUACGCUUCAAAACAAUCUCCACAAUAUCAGAUUCAAAUGUAUUCUCAUUUUCUUCAAGGAUUUGACGGUGACGAUCAAGAAUGCGCUAUUCUUUUACAACUCGGAAAAGAAUUUGACCUCGAUAUGCAUGAUAUUCUACAAUAUACACAUACACAUUUAUUCAAAAAAGCCAUUGAACAAGUAAUGAAUCCACAGAAAGAAAAGAUAGAUUUUAAAAUACAAGGUGAAAUAACUGAGAGUGAUACUAUGUUCUUCAGAUCUGUUCAAUGGUUGACUUUGGACCAAAGUAUGUGUAUAGAAGCGUUUGAGGCAGCUAAUUUGACAAUCCGAUACUUUUUGGGUGUUUGCAAAAUCUAUUUGGCACAGCACGUAUUUGAUCUCUUCUCUGAUACAUUAAUUGAAAGAAUGUCUGUUGCGAGUCAGAAUAAGAUGAGAGCAUUGAAGAUAUUGACCGAAUUUAAUUCACACAAGAAGCUGGUAUCUUUGUUUACUGAUUUUGAGUUAUGGAAGCAACUUUUACAGUGUGAGCCACAAGACAAUGGUUCUGUAGAUGAUCUAUUGGAAAUCAACAAAUGGAGAGAUCAAGUAGAGGCAAGUAAAUAUCGAAAAUCUUACAUUGCUUACAUUUUAGAAUAG